GACUUUGGCUUCAUUGUGCUUUGGUUUUUUGGCCAAAACAGUUGGAAGAUUUGGGAGCCAUGCAGCUGAUCUAUCGUGAACUUGAGGCGGACAUACUCCGACGCACUAAUGCCGUCUUUCCGGCCCAAAAUUGCUUUGUUGAGGUGCUACCCGAUCAGUUGAUCAUUCCCAGGAAGUACGUGGAGCUGGGCGAAUCGAUUCGAUCGCUUCCCGUUUACCAGGACGACGUGUGGAUGGUGUCCUAUCCACGAACCGGAUCGACGUGGGCCCAGGAGAUGGUCUGGCUGCUGGGUCACCAGUUGGAUUACGUGGCCGCUGAGCAGGAUUUGAGAUUGCGUUCUCCGCUCAUUGAACUGUCUGCUUUAUUUAGCACCGAUCAUCACGAGGCGGUGGCCCAAAAGUUUGGCAAUACCGUGGAUCUGGUUCGCAAUCUGCCACGCCCACGUUUUGCACGCUCCCACUUGUCCUGGCAUUUGCUACCCGAGCAAUUUGAGACGGUGAAGCCGAGGAUCGUGUACACUGCUCGAAAUCCCAAGGAUCUUUGCGUCUCCUACUAUCACUACUGCAAGUUGCUGCACGGCAUCAAUGGGAACUUUGAGCAAUUCGUGGAUCUUUUUCUGGAUGGGCACACACCGAUGGGAUCCUAUUGGAGGCACGUGCUGCCCUUUUGGAAACGUAGCCAGGACGAUAAUGUGUUGUUCAUCAAGUACGAGGACAUGGUCAAGGAUCUGCCCAGUGUGGUUCGCCGCUGUGCCAGAUUCCUGGGCGUACACAGUCUCCUCGAUGUGAGCACUUUGCAGAGAUUGUGCGAUCACCUCACAUUCGACAAGAUGCGGGCGAACAAGGCGGUGAAUCUGGAGAAGGUGCUUCCGGAAUCCUCUUCCAAGUUCAUACGGAACGGCAAGAUCGGGGAUUGGCGCAAUCACAUGGGCAAUGAGAUGUCGGAGCGCUUUGAUGAAUGGAGCGAGAAACAUAUGCGUGGUGCCGGAUUAAAAUUUGACUACGAGUGAAAAAGAUUUGAAUAAACUAAAUUGGAUUGUUAUUGGA